GGGAAGAAUGUCAUUUGUGAUAGAACAGCCACUCCGCUGGAUGCCUUUCGGAUGAUGACAGCUGCCCAUUAUUAUCCCAAGCUUAUGAGCAUCAUGGGCAAUGUUCUCCGUUUCCUGCCUGCCUUCGUGAAGAUGAAGCAGCUGAUCCAAGAGGGAUACGUGGGAGAGCUGCUUGUGUGCGAGGUGCAGGUUCACAGCGGAAGCCUUCUGGGGAAGAAGUACAACUGGAGCUGCGACGAUCUGAUGGGAGGUGGAGGGUUGCAUUCUGUAGGCACCUACAUCAUUGAUCUCCUGACGUUCCUCACCAGUCAGAAAGCAGUGAAAGUUCAUGGACUUCUUAAGACCUUUGUGAAACAGACCGACCACAUUAAGGGAAUACGGCAAAUUACGAGUGACGACUUCUGUACAUUUCAAAUGGUCUUGGAAGGUGGCGUGUGCUGCACUGUUACCCUUAAUUUCAACAUGCCGGGAGAAUUUAAACAAGAUAUUGUUGUGAUUGGAUCAAACGGGCGGCUAAUUGCGGUCGGCACUGAUUUGUACGGACAAAGCAACAACUCUCCACAGAAAGAGCUCCUCUUGAAGGAUUCUGCCCCAGUCAGCAAUGCCUUGUUACCUGAGAAGGCCUUCAGUGACAUCCCAUCUCCGUACCUCCGGGGCACUAUAAAGAUGGUACAAGCAGUCAGGGAGGCAUUCGAAGAUCAAGACGACCGACGGACCUGGGACGGACGGCCACUCACAAUGGCUGCAACUUUUGACGAUUGCCUCUAUGCUUUGUGUGUGGUGGAUACCAUUAAGAGAUCCAACCAGCUGGGUGAAUGGCAGAACAUUGUGAUUAUGACCGAAGAACCAGAACUGAGUCCCGCUUACUUGAUCAGUGAGGCCAUGCGGCGGAGCAGGAUGUCUCUGUACUGCUAGAUUUUUGUCUUGACUCGGGGUGGGGAAAAAAAAGGAAGUGAAUCGAAUCAGCUUUUUCCCUGACAGAAAUAUGACUAUACACAUCAGGCCUGGAAAAGGGAAGCAGUUUAAAGGAACAAUAUUUGUUGCUAAAGCCACAUUGCCUAGUUGGUGCUGAAAUAGUAGAUGCGUUUGAAAUGCCCUCGUAGAACAUGCAGAUCCUUAUGGAGGAAAAACGUGUGUUAGCUUUUUACCAAAUAAUAGGAAGGUAAACUGUAAUCAGUUUGCAAUCUGUUGGGGCACAGCUGAUUCAAUUGUGUUUACUGUUUUUUUUUAAAAAAGGUUCAGGAAGGUCUAGUUGGGUGUUACAGGAAAAGAAAACAGGCCAUAAAGAUGCUUGAAUCAAGUUUAUGUAGAUUGCACAGACUUAGCCAUAGCUUCUAAGAGCUCCACUGAUAAAAGCAUGCUACUCUGUUCUUAGUUGGUUGCAUUAGUUAAAUGAUACAAUAAGAACAUUUGGCAUGAAUAUGUUAUCUGAUGUCAAAAGAAUGUGGUAGAUUGGUUUUCAUGGCUAACAUAAAUAAUGUUUU